AUAUUUAUUUGUCAACCCGGGAGAGGGGAGGCUCCGUCUUCGGCUGUCAGACCCAAUCUCCGAGGUGGUAUUGGUGUGUGAGUGUGUGUGGUGGUGGUUUUAUUUAUUUUUUUUCCCUUUUCUUUCUUUCUUUUUUUUUCUUUUCUCCCCCACCCCCCUUUUCUUUCCUUUUUUUUUUUUUUUCUUCUUCUUCUCUCCUAGGGCUACACAAUGACAGUGUUCUCUCACUAAGAUGAAUCCCGCUUCGCCUUCCGCAGAUCCGCCCAUCCUCAGAGCCAUCUAGUAAAAGGUUAUGAUUUUCUCUUCGGGGAUCGUUUGUGUAUCGCAGUUCUCACCGGCCAAUUUUUUUUUUUUUUUUUUGGUCUCCGUUGGGAUUUCUUUGCUUUUUUUUUUUUGUUGUUUGUUUGUUUGACUUCAUGCUGAAAAAAGGAUUUUUAAAUUUUUAUUUUUACCCCCCUCGUAACGUUUUGGUCACAAUCACCUAGUGCUGAUCUAGGCGAGGGGGGGGGGAACUAAAUCAUUCACCCUGGCCGAGAAAAAACAAUCGCCAAGAAGUCUCAAAGAAAUCCACCACGUGAGGGGAAAAAACUGGGAGAAGAUCCGGAAUAUUAUCGUCUUUCCUAUGGUAAAACCGGUGCCCCUCUUCAGGAGAACUGAUUUCAAAUUAUUAUUAUGCAACCGCAAGGACCUCUCCUUUCUCAGGGUGUCUAAGCUGCUGGAUUGCUUUUCGCCCAAAUCAAUGUGGUUUCUUUGGGACAUUUUCAGCAAAGGAACGCAUAUGCUGCAGUGUCUUUGUGGCAAGAGUCUCAAGAAAAACAAGAACCCAACUGAUCCGCAGCUCAAGGGCAUAGUGACCAGGUUAUACUGCAGGCAAGGAUACUACUUGCAAAUGCACCCCGAUGGAGCUCUCGAUGGAACCAAGGAUGACAGCACCAAUUCUACUCUGUUCAACCUCAUCCCAGUGGGACUGCGCGUCGUUGCCAUCCAGGGAGUGAAGACGGGGUUGUAUGUAGCCAUGAACGGAGAAGGUUACCUCUACCCAUCUGAACUUUUUACCCCUGAAUGCAAGUUUAAAGAAUCUGUUUUUGAAAACUAUUAUGUAAUCUACUCAUCCAUGCUGUACAGACAACAAGAAUCUGGUAGAGCCUGGUUUUUGGGAUUAAAUAAGGAAGGGCAAGUUAUGAAAGGGAACAGAGUAAAGAAAACCAAACCAGCAGCUCAUUUUCUACCCAAGCCAUUGGAAGUUGCCAUGUACCGAGAACCAUCUUUGCAUGACGUCGGCGAAACGGUCCCGAAGGCCGGGGUGACGCCCAGCAAAAGCACGAGCGCGUCGGCGAUCAUGAACGGAGGCAAGCCGGUGCACCCGAGCAAGGCCACAUAGCCGGACCCGGGGCGCGUGACUGCCUCGUGCCGAGCCCCGGGGGGCGAUCGAUCCUCGGCCGGACCAGCCCU